AUGUUGUAUUGUUGUCUGAUUCUUUCGUUGCUUGAUGAAAAUGUUAUAACUUUGGCAAGAAAAGGAUGUGAAAAGAAAGAUGAAAAUUUCGAUCCAGGGAAUUGGUGGGUAACUUAUGGCUGCGAAACACCACAUUUGAGAAGGCUUGCCACUAGGAUCCUUGCUUUAACAUCUAGCUCUUCUGGUUGUGAAAGAAAUUGGAGCUGCUUUGGAGCGAUUCACACGAAAAAAAGAAAUAGACUGGAUGUAGACAGGCUUAACAGUCUCGUCUAUGUUCAAUUCAAUGCCAGAUUGUUCAAGAAGCAAAAAAAAAUCAGAGAAAGCAAAUGUGAUGUGAUCUUUGAUGAGGGAAAUGAAGAUACAGUUGAAGAUUGGAUUCUCGAUCGCAAUGAAGAGGUAGAUGGAGAUGUUCCUUUGGUGCCAACUUCACAAGCUCCACAAGCCAGAGCUCUGUAUGAUGAUGAUUUCGAAUCCGAUGAAGAGGAAGGUGGAGGCAUGGAGUUUCAGUCAGAUUACUAUCAUGAAGAUCCUGUGUUUCGCGACCCACCAUUCGCUUAG